AUGGCCAAUUCCGAGCCCACGACCUGUCAGAGUAUCACCGAACUCACCACUACCAUUGCUACCACUUCGCCACCCGUCGCCAAGCAUCACCGCCCACAGAGCGUCCUUGAGCCUAUCCGUGAUGGCGAGCCACUCAAAACCACGCCAGCAUCGAAGGCCAUCCAAAGGCUAUCGACGAUGCCCAGACAGUUGUCGUUGAGGACGAUGACCAGACCGUCGGACGACGAGUUGCGGCCUCCGAUGCUGCCUCCAGCUCUUCCCACCUCUCGGUCUGCGCCACACAUCAGGCUCGAGAGACUACGACCUGUCACACACCCGUCUUCUUCUUUCGAUGGGCAGCCCGCGCAACCGCACAUCAACCCUCGAGACCUGGAAACACUUCUCGACGGCUACAACGAGAAGCAAAAUCAACCUUCGCAGCCGUCAAGCCGUCCAUCAACUCCAGUGCUCAGCCCAAAGCCAAGGAGAUCGUUCGUUCGGCUCUCCAGUUUGGACAACCUGAUGACCUACCGCGAGGAGAUGGCUGAAUGGAGGAGAUUAUCCAGAUCAUCAUCACUGCGCAGACCAGGCGCUCCGGACCCAUAUUCGGAGGACGCCAAUGGCGAGCACAGGAAGACCUUCGCACUUCUGGACGAUUCGGCGACCUCCAGUAUCCAGGACGAGAACAUGCGUGCGAGCACUGUGGCCGGCUCUGAAGACGGCAACGACGAUGCCAAUAGGCACCAAACCACUACCCCAGCCAUCAAACGCAGCAAGUUCCGCCAUCGUGCCGCUGAAAUCGGCUUCUGCUUCACCAUCGCCAUGACGCAGUUCCUCGCCGAAUAUCUGAUCUCCGGCUUCGCGAUCGAGCUCCCUAGGCUAGUUGGCGGGCCAGGCGGAAGCGAGUCGAUGGGAAUCUUCUGGCCAGCAUCGUUGCUGUCGCUCAUCUUGAGCGCCACGCUGUUCCUCUUCGCGAGGUUGUCGGACAUGUACUCCGGAUACUUCAUCUUCAUGUCCGGUGUUGCGUGGCUCGCAAUCUGGACAAUCAUCCCGGGAUUCUGUCGAGACAUCAUCUGGCUAGACGUCUCGCGAGCGAUGCAGGGACUUGCCAUUGCUGCGUUCACGCCGUCCACGUUCUCCCUGGUCGGAGGGAUUUAUCCUGAAGGGCCGAGGAGGAACUUCGUGAUGGGACUGUACUCCGGUUGUGCUCCAAUGGGCUUCUUUGCUGGCUUCCUGACUGCUGGUGCUCUGCCUGUCGACAAGCCGCAGUGGUUCUUCUUCAUUGCGGCAAUUCUGGCGGCAACGACCUUUCUCACUGCAUUCCUCUCAUGCCCGACUGAUAGAGUAGACAGGAAGAAGCUUGGCCUCAAGAUGGACUGGAUCGGAGCCUUCUUGAUCAUGUCUGGUCUGAUCCUGGUGUCGUACGCACUGGCCGUGGAGCCGUAUGCGAACCAGCAUCGCCAGGACAGGAGCUCCUUCGCUUUUCCCAUCGUCAUCGGCCCGUUCUCCUCUGGUAUGUUCUGCUUGGCUGCGGCGUUCUGGUACGAAGGAUGGCGCGCCACCUGCCCACUCUUGCCAUUCGACUUCUUCAAGCCGAAGAGCGUCAAGCCGUUCGCACUGGCCUGUCUGUUCUUCUAUGCCAGCUAUGGAGUCUGGCUGUACAACUCAGCUCAGUACCUCAAAAGUCCAACAACGGCGGCCGGAGGGAUUGGGAGGAGUGGCAUGACACUCGCGUUAUGGUACACACCCACGGCGGUUGGCGGCAUCAUCCUCUGCAUUAUCGGCGGAUCACUGGUGCACAUCGUCCCGAUCAUGGUGCUGCUGUUGCUGUCGGCCGUCGCCUGGGUUGCCGCGCCGCUGCUGCUCGCUUUGGCUCCUCUACCGCUCAACUACUGGUCCUUCGUCAUGCCAUCGAUGCUGUGCGCUACUGUUGGAAUCGACCUGACCUUCACAGUAUCCAUCGUCUUCUUCUCAUCGGUCCAGCCAAUACGGUACCAGGGCUUGUCGGGUGCGGUCUGCUCGAGCUUGGUCAAUCUGGCCAUGUCAUUCGCACUUUCGAUUUCCGAAAUUGUGAUGAAGCAAACAAGCAGCACGCGGACUCUGCCGAAGGAUGCCACCAACUGGGGAUACAAAGCAACGUUCCUCUACGCAGCUGCAUCUGCUGGCGUCGGCCUGGUGCUCUGUGUCGCGUUUGUCAAAAUCUCACGCGCCGUGGUACAGCAGCAGCCCCUGGACGAAGAACGACAGCUCGGACCUACCUUGUCCGACUCAACUCUCGUGGAAGGGGAUGAAGAGCGUCAUGGGGGGCAUGCUUGA